UUCAAUUAAUAAUUCAUCAUAUUAUGAAAAUUAUAAUAAACAAUAUUAUGAGGAAAAUGAUAAUAGUUUAAUGAAUUCUAAUGAAAAAUCAAUAACAUUAAAAUCGAAGUCCACAAUAUUAGAAACAAUAACGUCUAACAAUGAGAAAUCAAUUCAACUACAACAGAGAAGGCAAACACCUAAAAAAAGAGUUCGUAGAUAUUUAUCUUUUCCGGAGGGAGCAUCUUUUACAUGUGCUAUAUGUGCGACAAUCGGUAUUAUUGGUAAUAUUGAUCCAAGUUAUAUGAGUUUUGGUUUAAAUUGGGGUCUUGCAUACGAUUUACCAAAUUCAACAUGGAUUUUAAAUAAAUUCCAAAAAUUUAAAAAACAUCGUAUUAAUCAAGAACCAGUUAUUAAGAAUGAACAUGAUUAUCAUAUACCAGACCAUAACCAUUUUCAUGAUGAUUACUAUUAUGAUAAAGCAACAAAAGCAAUUUCUAAACGUGAAACAAGACGAAGCUUUUACAAAGAAAUUGAAUUUUUUAUUGAAAAAACCAUGGGAUACAAUGGGAAAGAUUGUAUUUUAAGAGCCUUAUGCGAAAGUGCUCAAUUCUUUACCAGAAAAACAAAGAAAACUAUGCUAGAGGAAAUAGUUAGGACAAUAUUUAGCUUACCAAAAACAAAAUUAUUUUCAUUUGAACCAUCAGAUUUUGAGGAAUAUGAUGAAGCUUAUCGUACCGGUGACAAAAUAGAUGAUUGCAGUUUAAUUUAUGAUGGAUGUAAUUUUUCAUUACUUGAUUUGGCAUUUGGAAAAUAUUCGGAACCACCGCCAUCACAUUUGCCACAACCAAAGUUUUCAUCAACUUAUGAUCCUUUGGCUACUCCAGUCAAAUUUAAUUAACUAAUUAGAAACAAAUGAAAUAACAUCGACAAAAUUGUAAAAAAUUUUUAAUCUUACUAGAAAUACAUGAUAUAAAUGUAUAGGUUAUUAUUUAA